CGUCCAAUGGGAAGAGGAGGGGGCGGUGCUAUCGGCUUCAUUCCUCACUGGCGUGUGAACCACAACAAAACAGCGACAUUACAACGAAUGGCAAACAAGUCAGAAUAAAAGACGAAACAGACAGCUGCAGCUAUGGGCAAGUCCCAGUCACACUUGGCCAAGCACAAAGACGAAAGUCAGGAUGCGCUGACGGCUGCUGGCGAGUACAGAGACAGUCAGGCAGAAGAGGAUGCUAAAAAUGGAGAUGUGUCUCAGUUCCCCUAUGUGGAGUUUACUGGACGGGACAGCGUAACGUGCCCCACAUGUCAGGGCACCGGCAGAAUCCCACGAGGUCAAGAGAAUCAGCUGGUGGCUUUGAUUCCAUACAGUGACCAAAGACUCAGACCGAGCAGGACAAAACUGUACGUCACGAUAUCAGUGGCUCUUUGCCUGCUGUUGUCAGGCCUGGCUGUUUUCUUUCUAUUCCCCCGCUCCAUUGAUGUCACCUAUGUGGGAGUGAAGUCUGCCUACGUCUCCUACGACCAGGACAAACGAAUUGUUUAUCUCAACAUAACAAACACACUGAACAUCACCAAUAAUAACUACUACGCCAUAUCUGUGACCAACAUCACAGCGCAAGUGCAGUUCUCCAAGACGGUGAUAGGCAAAGCAAAGUUUAACAACAGCACGGUGAUAAUACCGCUGGAUGAACAGCAGAUUGACUACACAGUUCCCACCACCAUUGCUGAUGAGAUGAGUUAUAUGUUUGACUACUGCACUUUGCCAACCAUUAAAGUCCACAACAUAGUGGUCAUGAUGCAAGUGACAGUGACGACAUCGUACUUCGGGCACGCGGAGCAGGUCUCCCAGGAGAUGUACCAGUACGUGGACUGUGGGGGAAACACCACCUCCUUGCAUGGGCAUGUGCAGGUCUACCAGUAAGGCAAGCAGAAGACCAAGGGCAUCAGAUACUAAUGUAACUGAGGUUCUCACAGAGAUUGACUGGGGCUGACUUCCAUGUAGGAAAAGUAUGCUCAGUGACAAUGGAGUAAUGGACAGGGACAUAUGAUUUCUUAAAUUAGUCAGAGGCUCAUCCAUUUUUAAACUCCCAACCACUUUUCUUUCCAUUUACAGGCCAGAUAGACUUAUUUUGCAAUAAAAACCUCUAAAUGACAAUUAAUUAAUGUCAAACAGGCUGUCAAAGCAGAACGAAACUUACCUGCCACAGCCAGACUUUUGCAGAAUUUGGUUUGUAGUCAUUUUCCAACCUGGUGCCAACAAAACAGAUAAUUCACAUUACUGGAAGGCAUUCCCUUCAUGUUUACACCGUCACUCUUCAACAAUUAAAUUAUUGGAAGCAGUAGUUUCAGAUAUGAUGCACUUUAUGCCAGAUCCUUAUCUACAGAAAGAAAUAAGAAUGUUGUAUGAGUACAGCGGGAAUGCUUUUAACUGCUGCCACCCCCUACUACUCUAUACCACUUUUAACUACAUUUAAUAAAAAAUACAGUAAGCAAGCUGUGAGAGGUACUUGACUUUCCUAACCACUUCUUUCUGUCAUCUUUUCAUUCCUUCCUACUGCAGCCUUUUUCUUUUUAUUUUGUUUCAUAAAAUAGAAUUUUUGGUAUCGUAUAGUGCAAUAUGUAUGAUGUUAUGUCAUUUCCUUUUUGGCUCAGAGUUCUCGAUUUUCAGCUUGCGUGAGGGUUGGUAGUAUCAGUCUUUUCUUAUGUUUGUUAUGUUAUGUCUUUAUGUUAUCUAUCAUUUACCUGAGUGACUUAAAAGCAAAUGUGACUCCUGUAAAGACUAUGACAUCUGCAUAUUUUUUAAUGAAUAACUGAAAUCAUUUUUGUCAUUUGAGAAGAAAAGUAACUUUGUAAAAGGGAUAAUAUUUUUAAUUUCAUAGCAAAAUGAUAGUGGGCUAUUAAAUACGGGAAAUGUGUAAAUGUGAAUAUAAAAUACGCACUUUCCCUCUGGUUUGCUUCAAACACAUUAUAUCAAGAAUAAUGUCUGGUCUGGAAGAUAACUUUUUCCCGUUAGUGAGGUUGUCCUAUUUCUGUGGGCUAUGGUGUCCUUGCUAUAUUAAUCCACUCCGCAUCUUUAACUUUUGAGUUGACUGCUAUUCUUAAGUUUUGGUAUCAUAACGACCUCUGUCUGUCACUUUUAUCACAUUUUUGGGUUCAUUUGGUAUUGGUUGAUAAUUACCACAUUGUGUAUUUGAAUGCGCUGAUAAUAUUGAUUGUAUAAGUUACAGACAGAAGGUGCCCAUAAUACUUAAAUACCAGACACACUGAUUUCAUCAAAGUUCAAAAUUUUUGGUCUGAGUUAAUCUGUGAUCUCACAGGUAAAAUAUUCUGGCAGUUAAUAUAAUUUCAGUCAUAAGAAAACUGUAACCCUAGAGUGUGUAGAUGUGAAUACCCUUCUGUUGUUGCCUAACAUCUCCACAACAUUUUUUGUGUUCUUAAUGCAUGAAGCUGAAAAUAAAAUCAUGAUUUCACUUUGAAA